CUAUGUCUUUAGACUGCGGUCACACUGAUAUAAAAGAAUUAAUAACACAUAAACGAAAUUUUUAAUGAUGUAUAACUAUUUUAUCGUUAUAUGUUUUUUGCUUUGUGCGGCAAAUUGCGGAUGGAGUUACUUGGAGCAAGAUAGUUGGACGAAUGUGGAAUUACACCAUGGCUUAAGUUCUGACCCCGAGCACUUUUCCUUUCGUGGAAAUGUGACAAUUCCGAGUUUGAAUUCCGCUUUAUCUAGUCUGCAUCAGAUAGAAUUAAAAACAAGUGAAUUGAAUGUGUUAACGGAUCUCGCAAGACAAAAUGGCUUCUAUCGUUUAAAAGUCACUGUAAUGUAUCCAAAUGGCAAAAAACAGAUUUUUUUGACCUCUAGCAAAGCCUGUAGUUUACUUCAGUCGGAACUCAAUGAUAUACUUUGGAUUUCGGUUGGGCCUUCAGGGUUUAUCUCUUCCGUUACACAUACCUCUCUAUCGGAUUCAAUCGAAUGCGAUGUUAAUAUAAUAGAACAUAUUCAAGGACAAGAAUAUAACACCGACGUACUUGUCAAGCAUUCCGAGUUGGCACCGAUGCCAGAUACCGCCGGUUUUAUACAAAAAGUAGAACGAGAGCGAGAAGCAAGGGAGCGUGGAGAAGUACGCGAUAACAGAGGAUUCUUUUCGAAAUAUUGGAUGUACAUUGUACCAGUUGUUCUACUGGUUUUCAUAUCCGGGGCCACAAACCAAGAUGCAGCGAAAUAAAUUUUGUUUUCUUUUUUUCGUUUUAUUUAUUUUAUAAAUGACUUAUAAUUAAUAAAAGUUUUGCCUUCUGCAAACAGUCUAAACCGAA